AAACGACACCGCCAUAGCUAGCUAGCUGUACAACAAUAAUCACAGAAACGUCCGGCAACAUGACUUCGAGAAAAGCCACUGUCCUCCUCGGCCUGCUUCUCUCGUCUGUUGCCAUGAGCGGCGCUGUGAGGACCUUGCAGGAGGAGACCGCUCCGACCAAGGGCGAGGAGCACAAGCCCGAGCUGCCACCACUCCCCAAGGUCGAGCUGCCUCCGUUCCCGGAGGUGCACCUGCCACCUAAGCCCGAGCUACCCAAGGUGGAGCUGCCGCCGUUCCCGGAGGUGCACCUGCCACCCAAGCCCGAGCUGCCCAAGGUUGAGCUGCCGCCGUUCCCGGAGGUACACCUGCCACCUAAGCCCGAGCUGCCAACGAUCCCGGAGGUGCACCUUCCAGCCAAGCCGGAGUUACCCAAGGUGGAGCUGCCACCGAAGCCCGAGAAGCCCACCAUCCCCGAAUUCCACUUCCCGAAGCCAGAGGCUAAACCAUGAGAAUUGUUUCAACUUGUGUGCUCUUCUCACUCUUGUACAGUUAUAUCCGUUGGUCGUGUUGUAUUUUCUGUGUGAUUGUUUCCCCGGGUUUCGCACGGGCAGUCUUGUGAGGUAUAUACGAGCAACCACUGAAGCACUUAUCUAUGUCGCAUGUACUUAGCUCGGAUUUACUCACGUACAUGUACAGU